GCCCGCCGCCGCCGCCCCGACCAUGUCUCGGAUCGAGUCGCUCACGCGCGCGCGGACCGAGCGGAGCCGGGAGCUGGCGAGCAAGACCCGGGAAAAGGAGAAGAUGAAGGAAGCCAAGGAUGCCCGCUAUACCAACGGGCACCUCUUCACCACCAUCUCCGUCUCGGGCAUGACCAUGUGCUAUGCCUGUAACAAGAGCAUCACAGCCAAGGAGGCCCUCAUCUGCCCAACCUGCAAUGUGACUAUCCACAACCGCUGUAAAGACGCGCUCGCCAACUGUACCAAGGUCAAGCAGAAGCAGCAGAAAGCUGCCCUGCUGAAGAACAACACCGCUUUGCAGUCCGUCUCCCUUCGCAGUAAGACCACCCCCCGGGAGCGGCCAAGCUCUGCCAUCUACCCCUCCGACAGCUUCCGGCAAUCCCUGCUAGGUUCCCGCCGCGGCCGCUCCUCCUUGUCGCUAGCCAAGAGUGUCUCCACCACCAACAUCGCUGGACACUUCAGUGACGAGUCCCCCCUGGGGCUGCGCCGCAUCCUGUCCCAGUCCACAGACUCCCUCAACAUGCGGAACCGAGCCCUGUCCGUGGAGUCCCUCAUGGAUGAAGGUGCAGAGGUGCUCUACAGCGAGCUGAUGAGUGACUUUGAGACAGACGAGAGGGACUUCGCAGCCGACUCGUGGAGCUUGGCCGUGGACAGCAGCUUCCUGCAGCAGCAGAAGAAGGAGGUGAUGAAGCAGCAGGAUGUCAUCUACGAACUCAUCCAGACGGAGCUGCGCCACGUGCGGACGCUGAAGAUCAUGACCCGCCUCUUCCGCACGGGGAUGCUGGAAGAGCUGCAGCUCGAGCCGGGGCUGGUGCAGGGGCUGUUCCCUUGUGCGGAUGAGCUCAGUGACAUCCACACGCGCUUCCUCAGCCAGCUGCUAGAGCGCCGACGCCAGGCCCUGUGCCCCGGAAGCACCCGCAACUUCGUCAUUCAUCGCUUGGGUGACCUGCUCAUCACCCAGUUCUCAGGUCCCAGUGCGGAGCAGAUGCGUAAGACCUACUCGGAGUUCUGCAGCCGCCACACCAAGGCCUUAAAGCUUUAUAAGGAGCUGUAUGCCCGCGACAAAAGGUUUCAGCAGUUCAUCCGGAAGGUGACCCGCUCGGCUGUGCUUAAGCGGCAUGGGGUACAAGAGUGCAUCCUGCUGGUGACCCAGCGCAUCACCAAGUACCCGGUGCUCAUCAACCGGAUCCUGCAGCACUCCCACGGGACCGAGGAGGAGCGCCAGGACCUGACCACGGCACUGGGGCUGGUGAAGGAGCUGCUGUCCAACGUGGACCAGGAUGUGCACGAGCUGGAGAAGGGAGCCCGCCUGCAAGAGAUCUACCACCGUAUGGACCCUCGGGCCCAGGCCCCGGUGCCUGGCAAGGGCCCAUUCGGCCGAGAGGAGCUUCUGCGGCGCAAGCUCAUCCACGAUGGUUGCCUGCUCUGGAAGACAGCAACUGGCCGCUUCAAAGACGUCCUGAUGCUGCUGAUGACAGACGUGCUGCUGUUUCUGCAGGAGAAGGACCAGAAGUACAUCUUUCCCGCCCUGGACAAGCCCUCGGUGGUAUCACUGCAGAAUCUAAUUGUGCGAGACAUCGCCAACCAGGAGAAAGGGAUGUUUCUGAUCAGCGCCACACCCCCUGAGAUGUAUGAGGUCCACACGGCAUCCCGGGAUGACCGGAGCACCUGGAUCCGAGUCAUUCAGCAGAGUGUGCGCGUAUGCCCAUCCAGAGAGGACUUCCCCCUGAUUGAGACAGAGCACGAGGCUUACCUGCGCCGAAUCAAGAUGGAGCUGCAACAGAAAGACCAGGCCCUGGUUGAGCUGCUGCAGGAGAAGGUCGGGCUGUUCGCCGAGAUGACCCAUUUCCAGGUGGAGGAAGACGGUGGUGGGUUGACCCUGCCUGCCCUACCCAGGGGCCUUUUCCGCUCCGAGUCCCUGGAGUGCCCCCGUGGCGAGCGGCUGCUGCAGGAUGCCAUCCGUGAGGUGGAGGGUCUGAAAGACCUCCUGGUGGGGCCUGGAGUAGAACUGCUCCUGACACCCCGGGAACCAGCCUUGCCCGUGGACCCGGAUGGCGGCGGUAGCACGAGUCCUGGGGUCACUGCCAAUGGUGAGCCCAGAACCUUCAAUGGCUCGAUUGAGCUCUGCCGAACCGACUCAGACUCCAGCCAGAAGGACCGGAAUGGAAAUCAGUUGAGAGCCCCCCAGGAGGAAGCGUUACAGCGAUUGGUCAAUCUCUAUGGACUUCUGCACGGCCUCCAGGCGGCUGUGGCGCAGCAGGACACGCUGAUGGAAGCGCGGUUCCCCGAGGGCCCCGAGCGGCGGGAGAAGCUGGCCCGCGCCAACUCUCGGGACGGAGAGGCCGGCCGAGCCGGGCCCGCCCCCGCGGCGCCGGACAAGCAGGCCACCGAGCUGGCGCUCCUGCAGCGGCAACACGCUCUGCUGCAGGAGGAGUUGCGGCGCUGCCGGCGGUUGGGCGAGGAGCGGGCCACAGAGGCCGGCAGCCUGGAGGCCCGGCUCCGCGAGAGCGAGCAGGCCCGCGCCCGGCUGGAGCGGGAGGCCGAAGAGGCCCGCAGGCAGCUGGCCGCCCUGGGCCAGAGCGAGCCGCCCCCGGCGGAGGCCCCCUGGGCCCGCAGGCCCCUGGACCCGCGGCGCCGCAGCUUGCCUGCGGGCGACGCCCUGUACCUGAGCUUCACGCCCCCGCAGCCCAGCCGAGGCCACGACCGCCUGGAUUUGUCUGUGACCAUUCGCUCUGUCCAUCGACCCUUUGAGGACCGAGAGAGACAGGAGCUGGGCAGCCCCGAGGAGCGGCUGCAGGACAGCAGCGACGCCGACACGGGCAGCGAGGAGGAAGGGGGCAGCCGCCUGUCCCCGCCCCACAGUCCGCGAGACUUCACCCGAAUGCAGGACAUCCCAGAAGAGAUUGAGAGUCGCGACGGGGAGCCUGUGGCUUCAGAGAGCUAAGGGGGCCCCACCCCCAUCCGGUGCCCCAAGGAGGAACACAGCGAGGGAGGCAAAACUUUGGGGACUCCAACCUGCCAAUGGCGAGGGAACAUUCGAAAGAACUGCUGACCCCCUGCCAGCUCUUGGGCUCCUUGGACACCUGGGGCCCCCAGGAAGCUGGGGGGGGGCUUGGGCCACAGUGCCCCCUGCUGGCAUCCAGGAGCUACACCACAGAUGCCACGUUUUCAUGCCUUCUUCCCUCUACUUUAGGAAAAUUUAUUUAUUUAUUGUUUAUUAGUUACACAGGGAGUGGGGAGAUUUAGAGGACCAGGGACACGGGAACCAAGCCAUAGGGACCAGGGGGCCUUGUCCUGUAACACUACUGGGGUUUAUUCAGGCUUAACCCCGCGGCUGCUGGGUUCUAGCCCCGACACCCCUCCCCAGCAACACCAUCUUUGAGGAGAGGCUGCUGCGCCACCAGACCCUUCCAGAAGGGCUGUGGGCGGGGCCAUGCCCCCUCCCCUCCCCCGCUAACUGCUGUUCUCCCUUCUCUCCACCCUCCCUGGAGCCCCCCCACCCCCACCCCGGGGUCGGAGGCGAUGGAGUAGAGGUCGAGGGGCCACAAUGGCUCUGUUGGGGGGUGAGGGGAAAGCCCACGGGACCAGAAUGUUUUUUGUUGUUGUUUUCUUUUUUGUACCAAAGCCAGCUGCACGUGUUUUGUAUUUUUAAGAGAUGAUUGUAGGCAAUUAGAAAUCACAGCCUUCUAUUUCCGCUUAUCGGAAGAGCUUGAGGGGUGGGGGGACGGCGUCCCCUCAUCUGCAGUAACGGGGGACCUACUCUGACCUCUUCUCCAGCCGUUUGGAAAACAUGUUGUAGGGUGAGUUGGGAAAUCUCUGUGAACCCUGACCUCAUCCCCACCUCAGCAACCAUGACUGAAACCUCAGCGUGAAUUUGGGGGAUUUUCCAGUGGACCCCCAGUGCCCACCAGCCCCAGCCAUUUUCUGUCCAUUUGAUUGUUUAAAAAAAAAGAAAAGAAAAGAGAUAAAGCAGGGAAAAUUAAAGACCUGGACCCCCACGAAGUGCUGUCUCUCGAUGUCUGCCUGCCCUACGGGCUGGGGCUGGAUGGGUCGCCCCCAAGGGAGGAGCAGGCCGCCUCCCCCAACACAGGCCACUCCCGGAAGAAAGUGCCUUGAGCCCUUGUUGUUGGUGCUGACGUCCACAGAUCCAGGGAUCAAAAUGAAGGGCACUUAGGUUCCAGGGGCUGCUGGGGAUUCCAGAAUUAGAAAAC